AUGCAAGACGACGAACCAAGAGGCUGGAGACAUGCUGCAUUUGGUAAGAAAAGGACAAGGAAGAUAUCAAAGCUCCUCAGCCAGAAGCUUGGGCCGGAGUUCAUCAGCUACAGGCCCGGGUUCAACAUGUCGAAGAUAGCAUACGUCGAGGGUUGGACGAUCAUAAGCCUAGCAAACAGGAUUUUUGGAUUCAAUGGCUGGUCUUCGGAAAUACGAAGCAUGUCGAUUGACUACGAAGAGGCUGAGGACAAGAGGGUCGGUCUUGGAGUGUCCUGUCUGGUGAGGGUUACGCUCAAGGACGGGACAUACAGAGAAGACAUCGGGUUUGGAAGUGCAGAGAAUCAGAAGUGCAGAGCCAUGGCAUACGAGAAGGCGAAGAAAGAGGCUGCAACAGAUGCUCUUAAAAGGGCUUUGAGGCAGUUUGGAAACUCGCUGGGAAACUGCUGUUACGACAAAAACUACAUCAGAGAGGUGCAGAGAAUCCAUAAGAUCAACGAAAAGGCUCUGGACUCCAACGAUUUAUUUAGAAACAACGAUGCGACAUCCGAUGAAUCCGACAGGGAGAGAGAUCCCUCCUUCGACAUAGACUGUCAUGACCUCAGCGACACCCUAUGA